ACUGUGAAAAUCAAAUAGACAAAAAGAUUCUAAAAUAAAUUUAGUGUUAACAAUGCAAGAAGUGUGCAGCACAUUGGACAGCACCCAAAUGGGAGCCCAGAUUAAAUCGGAGUCACCUCUGAAUCCGCUGCAGGUGCAAACGGGCCAAACAGCGGUGGCAACUGUGGUUGCCGGUCCGGGGCAACAGCCGCAGGGACCGCCGCCGGCUGUGAUGCUUGUCAACAAAAUGGCACCGAACUGUGAUAAACGAGCGGCGGACACCGCCUACUGGAUGGCCUCCGAGGGGGGUUUCAUCAACUCGCAGCCCUCGAUGGCCGAGUUUCUCAAUCACUUGAGUCCUGAGAGCCCGAAAAUUGGCACACCUGUUGGCGGUGUUGGUGGCGGUGGUGUCGGCGGUGUUGGUGUCGGUGGCGGAUAUCCGGUUGGUGUUGGUGUGCCACAGACGCCGGAUGGGAUGGACUCGGUGCCUGAGUACCCAUGGAUGAAGGAGAAGAAGACAUCGCGCAAGAGCAGCAACAACAACAAUCAGGGUGAUAACUCCAUAACUGAAUUCGUUCCAGAAAAUGGCCUGCCCCGACGUCUGCGCACCGCGUACACAAACACGCAGCUGCUUGAGCUGGAGAAGGAAUUCCAUUUCAAUAAAUAUUUAUGCCGCCCAAGAAGAAUUGAAAUUGCAGCCAGCUUGGAUCUAACCGAGCGACAGGUUAAAGUCUGGUUCCAGAAUCGUCGCAUGAAGCACAAACGACAAACGCUCUCCAAGACAGACGACGAGGACAACAAAGACAGUCUCAAAGGUGACGAUGAUCAAUCCGACAGCAACUCGAAUUCGAAGAAAUCGUGUCAAGGUUGCGAGCUGCCCUCCGAUGAUAUACCCGACUCCACGUCCAAUUCCCGAGGACACAACAACAACACGCCCAGCGCCACCAACAAUAAUCCCAGUGCAGGAAGUUUGACUCCGAAUUCAUCGCUGGAAACGGGCAUUUCGUCCAAUUUGCUGGGCAGCACCACCGUAUCCGCCUCGAAUGUCAUCAGCGCCGAUUCCAGCGUUGCGUCCAGCGUCAGCCUGGACGAGGACAUCGACGAGAGUCCAAUCAAGGUCAAGAAAAAGGACGACAGUCACAAUCAGGUUAUUAAAAAGGAGGCCGUGUCCACCUCGUCGAAGGCCUCGCCGUUUGGCUAUGAUUCAGGCCCCAGUUUGGUGAAUUUCCGCCGCGACUCGGAUGCCGUGGCUUCGAAUCAGCCCGCGUCCAAGGCCGUUGGCAAGAAGCGAUAUCAGAACGCCAAUGCCAAUGUGAUUGCCAUUGCCUCCCCGUUGAGUGAGAGCAACAACUCCGCUGGUCCGGCUGGUUAUUUUCCUGGUCCUGGCUACUAUGCCAAUCCGAAUGCAAAUCCGAAUCCAAAGGCAUUGCAGCCGCCGCAGCAAAUGCCGCAAGACUAUUAUGGCAAAUAUGACAUUGAAUUUGCCGCCUCGCCGCAUCACAUCCCGCACAAGCAGCAGCAACAACAACAGCAGCAGCAGCAACAGCAACAACAGCAGCAGCAACAACCGCUUCACGGCGAAUAUCUAAGUCCGAAACCAAACACCAAUGCUGCCAACACCAACGCUUUCCUCCCGAAUAGUCAACAACAGCAACAACACCAACAUGAGCAGCAGUUCUAUUACAACUACAACGACACCAACGGUGGUAGCGCGUACAUGAACCAUCAACAACACCAACAGCAGCAUCAUCCAGUUGGUGACUUUGAAGCGCCACCUAUAAACGGGCCCGGCAACUUCUAUGAUCCCAAGACACAAACCGGUGGUGCUUAUUACGACAACAUGAAUUUCCAACACCAACACCAGUCGGUUGUGUUUCAACAACAGCAGCAGCAGCAUCAUCAACAACAGCAGACGCCCCUGAAUCACCAACAACACUUGCACCACAUUGGCGCUGGGGAGACGUACAGCGCACUUGGCCUGCAAAUGGAGAACUGUGAUGGCUACAACAACUUUGGCGGCGGUUACUACGAGGCAGGUCCUGGCCAACAACAGCCUCCAGUGCCGCCCACUCACACCCAUCCCCAUCAUCCGCAUCAUAUGCAGGCGCAGGGCCAUCCUCAUCUCCAUGGCCACCAUAACACGGUACCAGGAGCUGCAGUUCAAGUUGUGGGUGCUCCGCCAAAUUCCAGUCCACAUGUUCACAUAGCCAACGCUAAUGCAAAUGCCAAUUUCGUGCUGAACGGAGCACCUGGUGGACAGCUGCAGGCGUUUGCCAACACUGGUGGUUCAACGGCUGCCAUCAGCGGAUUGGAGAACUCGAAUAGCUCAUCGGACUUUAAUUUCCUGAGCAAUUUGGCUAAUGACUUUGCCCCCGAGUAUUAUCAGCUGAGUUAGUUCUGGUAGGUGGACGAUGUAGGGCAAUAGAAUAUUUGAGUAUUGAGUAUAGUGUGUAAAUAAACUGCAAUGUCAUCGAUGUAGUUGAUUUGUAUGUCCUUAAAUUCAACUGUCAUUUGCAAGCACU